GCUCCCAUUGGCAAAUAAAGCACUCAGCAAAGGGUGGUGCCAAGCAUAGGUUUGGAAAUAUAGUUUAACUAUAGUAUUUGACUACUUCCAUAUUGGACACACUUGAAAUAUAGGAGAAUAAGAGGAUCUGGGUGAAGCUGGAAAAGCAUGUCUGGAAUUGGAAUUGUCUUGAUAGUUAUACUGGGAUCACACGGUGUCUUCUGUCUUCUUUAAAGCUUUUUCUUGGCCUCUGGGAUUUGGUCUGCAUGGCACAAUACAGACGCGUACACUAACACUAACUUGCAGGAAGAAAUGGAAAAAGUUCUGCCAAAUUGCAAAUUAAGUUUUCAGUAUGAACAAUCUGCCUAUUGGAGGUGCACAGUUGAAAAGGGGCUUUGGUAGAAUGACUGUUCCAGUGGGGGGAUCAUUGUGCUAUUCCAGAAUGGAGAAGAGACCGUUGGAGAAUGAUGACCUAUGACAUAUGACCUGUGACCUUGCAUUGGGAGGAGUUCAUGCAUGUGCUGAGCAGUAGCUGGUAGGGGCCUGUCUGAUUAAAAGUCAUUCAGUGUGAGGGCUGCCACACAUACGCAGAAAUUUUAAUUGAAUACGCUUUUUAAAGUGAAGUUACACAGACAUGGGUAUGAAUGUAGUUUUGUGCACCAUUUUAUGACAGCAGUCUUAACACUAUUGUCAGAUUUACUACUGUAUAGACUGGGCUAAAAUAAGAACGUGGGAUAGUCAAUAAAAUAUUAGAUAUCGUAUUAUUAUUAGAUUAGAUAUUAUCUGAUGAUGUUCAGACACUGAAUUAUUUUUUAGUUUUAAUCUUCCUCUAUCCUCGCUUCAACUUUGGACCUCCAUUCCCCCAAGAGCAUCUGUUCACAGCUCACCAAAGUACUUGGUCUUGCCAUUUUCAUGAAACAAACAAAAAGCAGCGAACGAGGACGUUGAAUGAGCCCUCGACCACACAUGAGCAAUGAAAGUGGAAAGCUAGAGUCAAACCAAUUCUCAGUACUGCUGCAAUUACUUCAGUUCGCACACAUGGUAUUUUGGCUACCUGCCAGCUUGACUGGAAUCGGGUCAGGACUUGGUGUGUGUGUGCGCGCGCGCGUGAGCACUUCACAUUGCAUCGAAUCAGCACAACUGUUAUUAGGACGGACUUUUGCAGAAUGUCUGGCAGUGGGUAGCUGCUUUCUACGAAGGCACGUUAACUGAAAUCUUCACAUGGCUUCAAAUACGUCGUGUAAGAGCAAAUAGGCACCCCAUCGUGAAGAAACUUGGCAACUCAUAGCUGGCAAGUCAUUCAACAAAAUCCAUUUUCACGGGUUUCUCUACGGACUCUUGACUCUUUGAAAAUUAAGCAUGUCUGGCAAUGUCGGAUAAUCAGUAUUUAUCGAGUCUGAGAGAUAGACUUUCACAUGUGCAACUCUUUUCAUAUGGUGCAACGAUUUCCUGAUUAUGCAGAAGCUUUCGAAACGUCGCUCAAAGUCAAAGCCACUUGGUGACUGCAGCAUGGUGCCUAGCCAAUCUGUACCAAGAAUAUGAUUGACCGUUUUCCCGAAAUUGCUUGUAUUUAACAGUCAGUGCCUCUUGCCAGGGCAGUCAUAAAACUACAGUUCUACUCCACGUGCGCGCUCAUUUGGGGUUUGCCUGCGUUUUGCAAUCUGAUUGGACACACCCCCCAGAAGACCACGCCCAUCUCCAUCAGUGGGCGGGUUUGGCUGGAGUAUGCGCUACGAUUGGGUGGACACGCAAACGCAACAUCUUUUCGGUGGGUCCAACCUCGGCUUGAGCCUUGCUGUAUAAAAACGGUGCCAGUGCCACUUUAAAAAGAUGACCUCGGUCCUCCACCAACUCAUUUCGACUCAAACAUUCUAUGAGUUUUUUGAGAGCGAUGCUGCAACAAGCUCUCAAAGUGUCCGGAAGGAGCGCAUCUCCUCUCUUCAAAUGGAUGGAACGGUGCCUUGAAGGCAUCGCCGUCGGCUGCGCAAGGCAGAGCGACAAUCAGUUAAGAACGCUGGAAGAGAUGCCUGGACCAUCGGUGUUCAGCUUUGCAUGGGAUCUUUUCGGGAAGCGGGGACUGUCUCGUCUUCACGAAUUACAGCUGGAUGGCCGCAAGCGCUACGGUCCGAUGUGGAAGGCGAGCUUCGGCCCGAUCCUGACGGUGCACAUGGCGGAACCGGAGCUGAUUGAGCAGGUUCUGAGGCAGGAGGGCCAGCACCCCAUGAGAUCGGAUCUGUCCUCCUGGAAGGAUUACCGGAACCUCCGGGGACACGGCUAUGGGCUCCUGACUGCUGAGGGGGAAGAGUGGCAGUCCGUGCGCAGCCUCCUGGGGAAGCACAUGCUCCGGCCUAAAGCUGUGGAGGCCUACGACGGGACCCUGAACGGCGUUGUCACCGACCUCGUCCACAAACUGCGUGCGCGCAAGCAGCAGAACCCACGGGGUGUCAUCAGUGACAUUUCAGCCGAAUUCUACCGCUUCGGUCUCGAGGGUAUUUCCUCGGUGCUAUUUGAGUCCAGGCUGGGCUGCUUGGACCCUCUGGUCCCCGUGGAGACGGAGCGCUUCAUCCAGUCCAUCAACACCAUGUUUGUGAUGACCCUGCUCACCAUGGCGAUGCCCAAGUGGAUGCACCAGCUUUUCCCCAAACCGUGGGACACCUUCUGCCGGUGCUGGGACUACAUGUUCCAGUUCGCCAAGGGGCACAUUGACCAGCGGCUGGAGAAGGAGGCUGAGGCAGUGGCCAAGGGAGAGCAGAUCGAGGGGCGGUACCUGACCUACUUCCUGUCACGAGCCGGCAUGCCGAUGAAGUCUGUCUACAGCAACGUGACGGAGCUUCUCCUGGCUGGAGUGGACACGAUCUCCAGCACUCUAUCCUGGUCCCUGUACGAGCUGUCUGAUCAUGUCAACUCUUCUCUUCCGUUGUCUCAGAUCUCCAGCACUCUGUCCUGGUCCCUGUACGAGCUGUCCCGCCACCCCGACGUCCAGGCGUCCCUGAGAGCGGAGGUCCAGGCCGUGCUGGGGGACAGACUUGUCCCCGGAGCGGCCGACGUGGCCCGCAUGCCUCUGAUGAAGGCGGUGGUGAAGGAGGUGUUGAGGCUCUAUCCUGUCAUUCCAGCUAAUGCAAGGGUCAUCACUGGGAAUGACAUUAAAGUUGGAGGUUACCUCAUCCCCAAAAAUACCCUGAUCACCCUUUGCCAUUUUGCCACAUCCCGGGACCCUGCUCAGUUCCCCGAUCCGGACUCCUUCGUGCCCCAGCGCUGGUUGACCAGAGACGAGGGGCACCAUCCUUACGCCUCCGUGCCCUUCGGGGUUGGCAAGCGCAGCUGUAUUGGCCGUCGCAUCGCAGAGCUUGAGCUGUAUCUGGCUAUUGCACGGAUUGUAACCAACUUUGAAAUCAAGCCCGACCCAGAAGGCGGUGCGGUCCGAGCCAUGACCAGAACGCUGCUGGUGCCGGAGAGCGAGAUCAAUCUGAUGUUCGUAGAUCGCUGAGGCCCGCUCAAGAGAGCGCUGCAGCAUGGCAAAAAACCACCGGGCCAAAGUGGGCCGGAGUGCCUCAGGUUGCCUGGUGCCACGGUCUGCAGGGUAGAUGAGCCCUGGUAGACCUGUUACCAUAGCAACAUGAGCAGGGGGGGGGGGGUGUCCAGAGUGUAAGAUUCCAGUUCCGGAAUGUGCUACACUGUGAGAGACCCCGGCACUAAACCACCUCCUCAGGCCAUGGAGCAAACAGACAGAAACACGCAGGAGAGACUUUACAACAACGCCAUGGCUCCCAACUUCCUGUUUUCCCCUCUCACGUGGAGACUACUUCCUGUUGGUGUGUCGGUAUAGGCUGAUGUAGUCACAGUAGCAGCUGAGUGUGGUGUAGGCAGUGACUGGUUACUCACAAUCUUAGCUGGUAGAUGGAAGCACCCAGGGGGACCCAUUCUCACUACUCUCAGGGAAGAAGCUCUACAGUGGAGCGCCGCACACAGAUGUGCAAUCAAGUCUAUGUGAAGAAACGUGAAGCUCGAAAAGUGCUGUGGUGAAAUGAUGCAUUAAAAAAAAAAAAGAAGAAGAAACAACAUGUAUCAGUGUAGAUGCAAUGGCAUGGCAAUGACUUUGCAGUACUUUGCUUAAUCUCCAUUUUAACUUGUGUAGUUUCUGGUGAACGGGUAAAAAAAAAACUUGACUGGUCGAAGACUUGAAGUGUCCAUCACAUGACCAGAAUGUAAUACUUGAAAAAACAAAUAUCCUUACGUGAUCAAUUUCAGGACUCCUGGCUAUUGGUACACCUGUAACUUAAAAAAAAUAUGAUGGAGUCAGGAGUGGAAUCUGUCUAUAACAUGUAGGGCUGUAAAACUCAAAAGGUGCUUUAAGAAAUCAUUGAUUGCUGUAACAACAUGCGUAUACAGGAUUUUCUUCUGGUGUGCAAUACUCAUACUCAGACAGUAAGUCACGGAACACGGGCAUUGUUAGCUGUACAUAUCAAGGAACAUUCUGAUGAAGAUACAGCCAUAGGUUUGGAUAGUGAAUUGAAAGACGUUCACUAUUUCGGCGCUUGUGCUAUAUUGAUUAUCAACUGGUGCUAAAAUAAACUACAGGUCAUUAAAUGUUUCAUUGUGGUGCUAAUAUGUGAUUUAUCACAGGGAAUUAUUCAGAAACAUCCUACAGAGUGCCACUUAAGGCAUCGUCUUCCCUCAUUUUGUGAACCUAUAGAUUCCAUAGAUUGCCCUUGAAAUGUUUGUAUAAAAUUUAGACCGAAAUGUUUGCAUUAAACUGUGACCACAUAGUAUGAACUUACUUUAUAUUCCUCGUUGAUAACACUUGCAACAAUACACUAUAAGCCUCACAGAUAAAAAACAAACAAACUGCAAAUCAUAUCCCCACAUUGUUUGUAAUGUAUUGUAUCCUGUGUCCCCACAAUACAGUUUGUUAUACAUUGGUAAAGUUAUAUAUUUAUUAUCUUUUGUAACAAUAAUAAAAAAAGAACAAUCACA